CUACCUGUUCCCAUAUUUUCUACUAGAAUAAGUCAAAUCCAUGCCUGGAGGACCUAUUCCCGGCGGCCGCACCAGCGUCCGCAUAGUUGUGGUCGGUGAUCGAGCCACCGGAAAGUCAAGUCUCAUUGCCGCUGCCGCCUCCGAAACCUUCUCUCGAGAAGUUCCUCCGGUGCUGCCACCUACUCGCCUCCCUGCCGAUUUCUAUCCGGAUAAUGUCCCCAUCACUAUCAUUGACACCUCAUCCAGUUUGGAGAAUAGAGGGAGGCUUGCUGAAGAGUUGAAGCGAGCUGAUGCGGUUGUGUUGACAUAUGCAUGCGAUCAGCCGACGACACUCAAUCGCAUCAGUUCUUUCUGGCUUUAUGAACUUCGUCGAUUAGAGGUCAGGGUACCGGUUGUUGUAGUUGGUUGCAAGCUAGAUAGACGAGAUGAAGAGUAUAAUUUGAACAUUGUGAUGGCUCCAAUCAUGCGACAGUUUCGUGAGAUUGAGACUUGCAUAGAAUGUUCAGCUGCUAACUUGCUCCAGAUUCCAGAAGUAUUCUACUAUGCCCAGAAGGCAGUCCUUCAUCCAACAGCCCCACUAUUUGAUCAAGAAACCCAAGCUUUGAAGCCACGUUGCAUGAGAGCAUUGAAGAGGAUAUUUGUUCUUUUUGAUCUUGAUAUGGAUAGUGCUCUCAAUGAUGAAGAAUUGAAUGAAUUUCAGGUCUUUUUCUAAUUUCAUUUCACCAU